AUGCCAGGAGAGCGGCACGUUUCUACGGCAGCAACGCAGAUAGGCGAUCGCGGCAUCGCAAAGGGAGUGCGCCCGAGAGCUAGCCUGAGCGAGGCAGCAGAGAGUUCUGAGGAGGUCGCUCCAACGACGAGCAUCAAGGCGCAAGCUGUGCGCUAUCUUCGAAUGAUGGUCUCGCCGGAGGCACCAGUCCACAUGUUCUUGCCCACAGACUCAGAAACGCCGCGGCCGCUUAGAUUGUAUCUUAGCCCUUGGGACCACAAUGGGGAGGGUCGACCAAAGGCGUUGGGGAAGCCGGACAAAGUCAAUGGGCUACCAGUGACGGUCUGGUGGAACACGUUGGGGAAGCUCUGCUGCACCUGCAACAGGGGGCGGCUUACAGAGGACGCCGCCUGCGUUCACAAGUUGGCGCUAGCGGCCCUUAGCGAGAGCUGGGCACCAACCUCUGAGCUUCCCACGCGCGAGAUGCUUGGAAGAGGGGCGCGCGUUGAGCGGGUAGCUACGGACGAUCGAGGGAGCUGCCUUGCAGUUGCCGAGAAUGUCCAAGGGGCCCUCGGCCCGCGAAGGCGCAUGGUCUUCCAAGGCUUUGACAAGAAGAAGGGGGUUUGGCUCUGGUGCCAAGGCAAGAAUGAUGGCUGCCCUUCAAUGACGGAAUGCUCACACAUAGCCGCGGCAAGAAGGGCGCUCAGCGAGGCCGGCGGCAUCCCGGUGGCCAACCAGAUAAUCAUGGAGCCAUCUCAACCGCUGUCGAUGGCUGCUUUGUGCUGGGUCGAGCGAUGGGAUGGAGUGAUGCCUCAGAGCCCGGGGGUAGGUUUGUCGGAGGGGCAGGAAGGCGAAAGCGCGCUGAGGGAGGAGGAGGAGUACCUUAUUGGCUUACUCGAGAAGCGUCCACAUGAGCCGGCAAAGUGCUCGGGCGAGUCGUGCUUCUGCCGCCAGCAUGAGCGGUUGUUCGGGAUGCCGGCGCGUGCGCCAUCGAAGGAGAGAGUGGGGGGGUCGAUCAAGAGAGGAAGCGGGCUUCUAGAGGGCACGUGCCUCCGCGAAAGAGAGCGAGGCGCAGCAAGACGGCAUGGGCAGCGCAUAGAGAGAGUGUGCAGCCGUCUGCGCCAGUCGGUUGGGAAGGGAGGCCGCCAGCGGACGCGAGGGGCAAGGAGGCGAUCCGGGGCUGGCCCUCCUCGGUGCGGCGGUUCUUGGGUGGAGGCGUGGGUAGAGGCCUCCGUCACUGCAGCGUCUUGGAGCCAGGGGGUGCGAACACGCGUCUAUCACUGCCAGUGCCAAGACGAGGCGCACGCCAUCCACUUUGACGGCGAGCACUUGGGCCUGUACGCCUGGAACCGCAGAACGAUCUUCGUCCAGGAGAGCCUCCAGCUGCUCCUGCGAGGGAUGCAGCACGGGCACUCUUUCAAGGCCGAGCUUGCACGCGACCACGCGGCCUUCCAGCGCUCUCCUGAUGCCGUCGUGCCGAGCGAGGAGACUUGGAGAAGAGCGAGCCUCGACUUCUUCAAGCUAGUUGGGCUUGGCAUCCGAGACUGCUGCUCCAUCUGCGGACCGCAUCCAAGGGUAUUACUCUGCGAUGGCAUCGUGGGGCUAGCAAGCUCCGACGGCGCGAGAAAGCCGGGCGGCCUUGGAAGCUCGACCCUUGACGCGCGGCGCACCUUCACCCAUCCAAGCAGAGACUCGGCUGGGCAGCUUUUCGAGAAGCGCUCAAUCUCUGGCCGCGACUACUGCGGCGCCGGUCUCGAAGGGGGCGGCCUAAAGCGCAAGCUGCUGCUCCAGCCGGAGCUGCGAGAGGCGAUUGCGCGCCUCUCUCAAAACCGGCCGAAAGACGAGAAGCUCGGCCAGCGCCUCUCAAGGGUGGAGUUCGAGGGUCUUCUGGACGGGUUGGCGCAUGAGGACGCUCGGAUCGUGAAGCGAUUCGGACCAGGGGAGGCCGAGGGCCCGCUUCCGGAGGAUGGCAGGAGGCGCCUCUUGGUGGAGCAGCAGACCAUGGUCCGCGACCGCAACCUGGCCGUUUUCGAGCUCCUCACGGGCAUCCAAGCCGACUUUCAACGGCGGGGUAGGAACCCAAACCUUUGGGAGAGCUGGGUCGGGGAAUGGACCGAGCUGCUCUAUUCGCUCGGAGCUCACGACGCGGACGAGGACCUGAUUGGUAGUGGCGCGCUGCACGUGGUCAAAAGGCUCUUGUUAGGAGGAGAGGCGACCCUCGAGGACCGUCGGGACCUUGCGAGGGAUGCGCCCAUCCUUCGGCGCCUCUUGGACGCUUAUGGAGGCUCCAGCUUUCCCACCUUCUUCUUCCGAACUCUGCACGAGCUGUACUUGCUGGCCCUUCUUUCGAGGGGCGCAGCUGGAUUCGAGGGCGAGGGGCGUUUGGGAUGGAUUCAUGAAGCCAUCCAGCCGUUUGACCGUGCGGUCACUCUGCUGCGAGAGGCGAAAGCGAGGCCUCUGUCAAUCGAGGAGCGGCGGCAGCUGGACGAUGCUCGAGGUUUGGCAAACGAGCUGCUCCGAGGGGUCGAGAAAUUGAAGCCGAGCUCUGAGCAGUGGGGUCGGAUGAGCGCAGCCGAGCGGCUGCUCUUGAGAGAGCGGCUGGGGAAGGAUGAGAACGGGGGGGAUCUGCAGCCGCUGCCGGUUGGGCACAGCUUUCGAGAAGAGCAAGAUACAUUGGCGUGCUACUCCCUCCCAGGGUGGGAGCAGAAACGGGGCUUGCCAUACUACAGCAAUUUCGAGCAUCCUGACGGCCGCAGCCGAACGUCGGAGGAGUUCAAGUGCGCGACGGGGAAGUCGAUGACCGAAUGGGACGCCGAGCACGUGCCGGGGCUAGUGAAGGGGGCCGGAAAGCUGUCGGGAAAGAAAGGGAGCAAGAGCAAGCGGCCGAAGAGGUGUCGAGGGGCCUUUGUUUUUUGCUGCUCGCACCGAGUCAUCUACGGUUUUCACAUCAUGCUGCGCGGAGAGAGCCUUCGGGACGCAUUUACGGUGCUCUACACUCGGCUGAGACGAGAGGACUUGCCGGAGGUCUUGGUCCAUGACAACGCAUGUGCGCUGCGCAACUACUCGAUGCGCCGAGCCCCGGCGUUCUUCAGGGACGUGCGCUUCGUGGUCGACAGGUUUCACUUCUCGAAGGCCGGACAGGAGGUGCACAAGUGCGGGCCGUCGAAUUCCGCUGACGCCUAUGACGCGUUGCAUUGGGUCAACACGUCGGCAGUGGAGUCGGUCAACUCCUUUCUGAAGGGCUUCCGGUCUCUGGGUUGGUACUCUGGGUUGGAGAGCCUGAUGGUGAUCCUACCUUUGCUGCUUGGUGGUUUCAACACGACGCUGAAGAGGGUGGACAACGCAAAGCGUGGCAUUGCCAUUGCGGCGGCGGCGUGGUCGGCCGCCAUUGCGAGGGCGCUGUUGCAAGGCUGA